AUGUUCAACGCUGAGACAAAAGAAAGUCUUCGCAACGCCGGGAUCACAGAAACCCCACCACCAAUCGAUUACAACUAUGCAGAUAUUGAAAAUCGCGCGAACCUCGAAUUCCCUGAAGAAUAUGUUGUGGAAACGGAAACUGGUAUUGUUCCACAAGCGACUUUAGAACAAAUACGAUCCCGAGAGUCAUCCGUCACACAUACACCCAGCAACGGCCAAGAAGAUAUUGAAAAGGGACCGAAGAGGUCUGCAGACUUCGUGACUUUUACCAUUGGGGACCCUGAGCACCCACACAAUUGGUCUCGUGCCUACCGUUGGUACAUUACACUUGUUGCAUCAGCACUUGUGGUUUGCAUUGCCUAUGGGUCCUCUAUCGUUACCGGUGGAUUGGGUCUCAUUGAAGAGAAAUACGAUGUCUCAUUAGAAGUUGCCAUCUUGACCUGCUCGAUUAUGGUGUGUGGUUUUGCAGUAGGACCUCUGCUAUGGUCUCCUCUUUCUGAGAUUAUUGGUCGCCGACCAGUUUAUAUUAUCUCAUUGGGCCUCUACGUCAUCUUCAACAUUCCAUGCGCCUUGUCACCUAACAUCGGCGGUCUAUUAGUCUGCCGUUUUCUAUGUGGUGUUUUCUCUAGCUCCGGUCUAUCUUUAGCUGGUGGAACCAUCGCCGAUAUCUGGAGCAUCGAGGAGCGCGGUAUGGCUAUCGCCUAUUUCGCUGCAGCUCCUUACUGUGGGCCAGUCCUUGGACCUAUUGUAACAGGUUGGAUCAAUGUUGGAACAGGUCGAUUGGAUUUGUUCUUCUGGACAAAUAUGGGUUUCGCAGGUGUAGUCUUGAUUCUCAUCGGACUCGUUCCAGAGACCUAUGCACCAGUGAUUCUCAAGCGACGCGCUGCCAAGCUGCGAAAAGAAACCGGAGACUUGAAUAUCAUGACUGAACAGGAGAUGAUGAAGCUCAGCCUUCGUGACAUUGUCCGAACGAAUUUAAUUCGUCCUAUCACCAUGAUUAUGACGGAACCAGUCCUUGAUCUGAUGUGCAUGUACGUCGUGUUGAUCUACUCGAUGCUGUAUGCAUUCUUCUUCGCAUACCCCGUCAUCUUCGGUCAGCUUUACAACUACAACGACGGCCAGAUCGGAUUGAUGUUCAUCCCGAUCUUGAUCGGUGCCGGUUUCUCCUUGCUCUCCACACCAUACCUUGAAAAGAAGUUCAAACUUAUCUGCAGUCAACGUGCGCCAACUCCAGAAGAUCGACUCCCAGCUGCUAUGUGGGGAGCCCCAUUUGUUCCGAUUGCAUUCUUCAUUCUGGGUGCUACCUCGUACUCCCACAUUAUCUGGGUUGGUCCCGCGUCAUCUGGCAUUGCAUUCGGCUUUGGCAUGGUCUUGUGUUAUUACGGCGUGAAUAACUAUAUCAUUGACUCGUACCAGAAGUAUGCGGCGUCGUCGCUGGCUGCAAAGGUUUUCUUGCGCUCCGGUGGUGGUGCUGCCUUCCCUCUGUUCAUCACUCAGAUGUAUGCUCGUCUUGGACUACAGUGGGCUUCGUGGUUAUUGGCCUUUAUCGGACUUGGAAUGGUUUUGAUUCCAUAUGUUUUCUAUUUCUUUGGGGCCAAGCUCCGAGCGCGAUUUUCUCACGAUUAA